AGGAUGAAUACUUCAGAAAAUUCCCAGUAUUAUGUGACACCUGAAGGAUAUGUAGGAGCUCCCAUGACAGAGAUAAUAAAGGAUGCCGUGGAAUUGGAUUUGAAUUUGGACAUGAUUCAUUUUCAUGAGGACAUGAAUAAAGAAGAUAUGAGCAUUUUAAAUACCACUUUGGACGGAAUUAUGAACAUGCUAUCUGCUCUGGAUAACAAGAUGAAUGAUAUGAACACCAAGGUGAGUGAUCUUAACAAAAAGCUGAAUUAUAUUGCUGAGAAGGUGUGUCAUCAUGACAACAAGCUGAAUUAUAUUGUUGAGAAGGCGAGUGAUCAUGACAAAAAGCUGGAUAAAUUGAAAUGUUACAUCAGCACUGGAUUUUGUUACAUUAGUGACUUAUUAUCACCAAUCAUAAAGUCAUUCAUGGGGAAAGAGACAAAAAUGAGAGAAGAAGGAGGAAACACUGACCAGAAAAAAGAAGAAGGACCAGGGGGAUCAGGAGAGAGUAAGAAACAGAUGGAUCUAUGCUAUGUAUUGGUAAAAGACAUAGAGAAAAAACCUCGGGAAACCAAAAGGAAACUACCCCUGACCAUACAAGUGCAGGAAGAAAAUGUAAAAUUUAAACGCUCUCUCAGCAAUGCAAGCACAGACACCAAUUUCAGUUCUGUAUCGUCCAAUAUGCCGGUGGAAGACAAAGUGGCCGUGAAAAUAAAGACUGGCCUUAAAGCACCGAAAAGGAACAACAUUAACAAAAAAUUCGAGCCUUUGGAGGAUGAGGAAUUGGUGAUGCUCCCCGUGCGAGAGCUCAAUCGGCGUUUGCAGGGAAUGACAAAGGAGGAAGUGCAGAAACUCAAACAAAAACGCAGGACAUUAAAAAAUCGAGGGUACGCGCAAAACUGCAGAUCAAAAAGAAUGCAACAGCGCAGUGUAUUGGAGAAAACUACUAGAUGAUUAAUUUGGAGGGUAUUUUAGAUUAAAAGACAGCCUGGUAAAUUGUUGUAUGUAUUUUUUUUUUUCAUUGUGAAUAAAAAUUGAAUAAAAAUCAAAAUCUGUGUGUUCUUGUUUGUGUUUUGUUUUCAGUAAAAAUCCAGGUUGUUCUUGUCUUUCAGUAAAACCAGUUCAAACCGGUUAUAGGACUGUCUAGACUGUGAAGCGUGACGUCAUAAUCACAUUCUUGUAAUG